AUGACAUCAUUUAUCAUCAUCUCAUGGCCUUGCCAGGAGAACGAGAACCGGGUGCCAGUCAGCCGUGAGGAGCAACUUUCGGCCGAGAGUUCAAAAGGCAGAGGUCGGGGGAAAGGCAAAGGGCGGGGUAGGGGCCGGGGAAAGGGCAAAGGUGACACACGAAAAAAAGAUGAUGAUGACAACACUAGCAAAGCAGCCACAGAACGAAAGCCCAAAGAACCCAGGCAGAACAGUCGCAAGAAAUCAGCCCCCGAGACAACAGCAAAGAGCAAAAGCAACAAGAAAGCGAAGACAAUUCCAGUGACACCUAGCGGGGCAAAGGAUGAGACUUGGGACCAUUGGGAUGGAGUUGAUGCCGAAUGGCAUGAACAUUGGGAAGAGGAAUGGGGUGAGGGACCUCACUAUGGGUGGGCUGGCUGGGACAACUCCCAGGUGUGGGACAAGGCUGCAUGGGAGGAUGGAAGGGCAAGCCUCUACUCCUUGCAUGAGGAGAAGGUUCCAGAGGUGAAGAGGAGAGUGAGGGGAAAACAAACAGAACCAACAGGGGCCAGUGCAAAAACCGCUAAGGCUGAAAAUGGCAAGAAGCCCCGCACCAACAAGCGUUCGAAGGAGGUGAAGAAAACGGACAAGGUCAAGGUAGCAAAGGAUAGUGGAAAGGAGACAACCAAAACCAAGAGCAAGAAGAGCAAGAACAAGGUCCCACAGGUUGAGCCACAGGUUGAGGUCACACAGGUUGUCGUCGGCAGCAUGGUUGACAAGCGAACAGAAGAUUUGCAAAAAAUCUUAGAAGACUUUGGUCGCAACUACUUUGACGAAGUUGAUGAUGGCAUCACAAGAGCAGACUUGAAGGAAUUCAAGCAAGAAAUCAAGGAACAAACCAUCGGAGCCAUGGCAUUCAAAGAGUGCAAAUUCAACCCCUACUGGAAACGACCGGCAGCAGGGGUUAGGAGCAUCACACAGCAGAAGGAUUUUGCCUACUUCUAUUUCCCGGUAGAAGAAGCAUCAUGGUGUUUGUGUUUGGCAGUUGCAUUCAAAGCUGCUCAGCUGAUGGCAAUGUUCGUGGACGAGCUGAUGUCUUCAGACCUGAAGGAUCGACACUUCAAUGGGCCCGAUGAUUUCACCAUUUCGCCGCCCAUUCUUGAAAAGAAAGAGGCGCUUAAGCAAGCUGGCCGGAAUGCCAUUUUGAAACUGAUCUCAGAAUUUUCGGAGCAGUAA